GAUGAAUAGACUUUCCUCUUCAAAAUAUCUUCAUUACUUGCAGACAUUGCAGUAAACAGGUCCGAUCUGUUUCAAAAGCAGUGGGUGAAUAAGAUAAGUCUGCGGUCGAAUCUAAGCCACUAAGAGACUCUUGUCUUGCACUUCCACAAGUUAUAUUCGAUGUACAAAGACCAAGAUUCAUAUUUUUGAGAAUCACAAAUCCAAUUCAAAAGUCAAGAAUUUGUCACAUCGAAUACCGGAACUCAUAAGCUUGUCUGUGCAGCAAUGGCGAAAACGAGCUCUCUAUCCGAUUCAAGUAAUCUCACUAUGACAGGUAUCACAGAUUUCCAACGAAAAGUCUACACUCUUCUCCUCCAGAUUCCUGCAGGAAAAGUCUCGUCUUAUGCCUCUCUUGCCAAAGCUCUCUCGACCGCCCCCCGUGCAGUUGGAGGGGCUUUGAAACGAAAUCCUUAUGCUCCGCAGGUCCCAUGUCAUCGAAUUAUCUGUGCUGAUGGGGCAAUCGGGGGAUUCAAGGGCGAAGCGCAGAAUGCCCCGUCUGGUAUUAAUCAAAAUGAAAAGUUGGGACUGUUGAAGAGUGAGGGAGUUGAGUUUGAUGAGAAUGGCCAAUUAAAAGAUGAAGAUAGGUGGUGGGAUGAGUUCCGUGUUUGAGCGUCACUAUAGCAUGCCUACAUUGAUCUUUAAGAUAAGAAAAGGAAACGGAAAAGUGCUUUGAAAGCUACAUGCCAUAUUUACCAUAAUCAUUUUUUUAAGCCA